AUGGCUGUGACGCUGAAACAGGAGGUUAAUUUAUCUCGCCGUGCCUGCAGGCCUACAGACUGCUCACGCGAGCAGAGGACGCUGUUGACACCCCCGGUAGCAGGCACCUGCGACUGUCGGCAUUACAGCGGCGCUAGUGUUUGUGGUGAACAAGGUGCUAACAAGUUGGUGACGAUGCCGGCAAAGGAACUCACGGAUUGCUGCACCGGCCAAAGUGGUAGCCUUCUGACGUGCCUACUGGCAACGCUCGUGAUGUGUACGGGUCAAGUGUUAUUAAAGCUGCGCCACCGCACCGGUGGCUGGGCGCUGCAUCAGCCACGGCUCGGCAGCGUGUGUAUAUACGUAGUGUUCUGCAGCGCUUUGCUAUCUCACAAUGCCUUCGUUCUAGCUAGGCCAAACCUAAGCGCACCGGCCAGCGGCGAGAAGGUGCCGGUCGGUCAAUUAUCGCCUCUGGAUCUGGCGUUCGAUGCCAGCAGCGGUUCGCUAACGAGUGCGAGUCAAUUAAAACGUUCGGCCGAGGCGGCGGCCAUCAUCGCGUCCACCGCUCCGUCGUCGGACGACGGCGCUGGCCACAGCAGUGAGAUGGUGGUCGAGCAUGGCAAAGCCGGCGAGGGCGAACACGGUGACGAACACAACUACGAACGGUAUCCCGUUUCGCAGGUGGAGUUUUCCCGCGUCGAAACACCGUUCGUGAUCGGCGUCUGGAUUUUGUCUGCUAGCAUAGCCAAGAUUGGGUUCCACAUGACGCCCAAGCUGAGCCGCAUUUUCCCCGAAUCCUGCCUGCUGAUCGUGGUCGGCGUCAUCAUCGGUGCGCUAUUGCGGUAUGCAACGAACCUGCACGUGUCGCCCCUGACACCGAACACGUUUUUCUUCUACAUGCUGCCGCCGAUCAUCCUCGACGCCGGAUACUUCAUGCCAAACCGCAUGUUCUUCGAUAACAUUGGCACCAUCCUCCUGAUGGCUGUGAUUGGCACGAUAUUCAAUAUCGCCACCAUCGGUAGCUCGCUGUGGGCAUGCGGUCAGACCGGCAUCUUCGGCGUCGACCUACCGUUCCUGCACAUCUUCCUCUUCUCCUCGCUGAUCGCAGCGGUCGAUCCGGUAGCGGUGCUGGCUGUCUUUGAGGAGAUACACGUCAAUGAGGUGCUGUAUAUCGUAGUGUUCGGCGAAUCGCUGCUUAACGAUGCUGUCACCGUCGUCAUGUAUCACAUGUUCGAGGUGUACAACAAAAUUGGCGUGGACGAAAUCAUAGCCGUUGACAUCGUGUCGGGCAUUGCGUCAUUCUUUGUGGUUGCACUCGGCGGUACCAUUAUCGGUGUCAUCUGGGGCUUCCUGACCGGUUUGGUGACACGAUUUACCGAUCACGUGCGCGUUAUCGAGCCGAUCUUCAUCUUUGUGAUGGCUUAUCUGGCGUACUUGAAUGCGGAAAUUUUCCACAUGAGCGGUAUCCUUGCCAUCACUUUCUGUGGAAUAACGAUGAAAAACUACGUCGAGCAGAAUGUGUCGCACAAAUCACACACUACCAUUAAGUAUGCACUAAAAAUGUUGUCCUCCUCGGCGGAAACGAUCAUCUUCAUGUUCCUUGGCGUCGCCACCGUUAACAACAAGCAUGUGUGGAACACUUGGUUCGUUUUGCUGACAAUAAUCUUCUGUUCGGUGUAUAGGAUUUUAGGUGUUUUGAUACUGUCAGCGUUGGCGAAUCGUUUUAGAAUUCACAAGCUAACUAAAGUAGAUCAAUUUGUUAUGUCGUAUGGAGGCCUUCGAGGAGCUGUUGCGUUCGCUUUAGUGUUACUGGUGGACGAGGAUCACAUUCCGCUGCAGCCAAUGUUCUUGACGACGACGAUUGCGGUCGUUUACUUUACCGUGUUCCUGCAGGGUAUUACCAUCAAACCGCUAGUCAAAAUUCUGAACGUUAAGCGUUCGAACAAGCGCAAACCAACCAUGAACGAACGUAUCCACGAGCGGUUUAUGGAUCACAUGAUGGCCGGCAUUGAGGAUAUCGUUGGCAAGACGGGCAACUACAAUAUACGCGAUAAGUUUAAGAGAUUCGACAAUAGGUUCAUUCGUCCAUAUUUGAUCAAGAAUUUACAGGGUCCGGAACCGAAGAUUUUGGAAACCUACUCUAAGCUAACGAUGCGCGACGCGAUGGACUACAUGCGGCGCAACCCAUCCACCAUCGGACAAAUGUCUGGAACUGAAUCAAUGAGUGCAUUAUUUAGAAACUACACGUCCUACUUCGGCGGAAGGUGCGGCGCCACAAUGCUCGGCACAUGCCCUAGCUUUACGAACCUUGAAAAUUCGACCCGCAACCUUGAUAUGCAGGAGCUGGACUACAAUCCUUCGAAGAAAGACUUAACGGAUGCCAAAAUACAUCAUUUGUUGUCGGAAGAGCUUAAACCAUACCGCCGGGCUUCACUGCAUACGCAUCGAAGACUUAGCUACAGCCGCCAUGCUGUUGAUGAUCGCGAUCUUUCAACACAGGUCAACUAUAAGAUGCAGAUGAAUAUUCGUCGCAUGAUAAGCGAAAAGAAACAUCACAAGCGCAGCAAACGCGUCAAGGACGGUAAGCAGCAGAACCACGUCUCGUUCCCGGAGUUCGUGCAGAACGGAUCGGCGAAACAGUUUGCGAACGAUUACAUCAACGAAGUGCUGCACGAGGACAACGAGGACGAGGAAAGACAGGCGGGACCGUCGGAAGACUGGGACGGAGGUGGCCUUACCUUUACCGCCAAAUCAUCGCCCGAAUCGCCGGCUGUAAGUGUAAAACAAUCCCUCGCCAGCGGAGGAGACCGUGGUGCAAUGGACGAAAGGGGAGCAAACAAGGAAGAUAAAAGGUUUUCCCGCGAAUCACGCUUUUUGGAAUCGGAACAACGUGUCGCAACACCGACUGCUAUCGAAUCGGUCCUGCCCUGGAAGCGGGUGGACGAAAGUGACGAUAAUGGUGCUAUCAAACAGAACGAAUUCCCUUCGUGGGCUUCAAAUAAGGAGUAUCUAGCUUACAAUUCACCAAGUGCAACAUUUUUGGGUGGCUUAACGCAACCUAAACAGGCUAAGUCCGUAAUAGGUCUGUUCCGGCGCGAGAGUUCCGGUUCCGGUGGGGUCGUCAUCGGCGGGGUGACUGAUUCCGAGACAUCGACCCCGGUGGCGGCAACCACACCGGUCGGCCGGGUCGCCAUCCCCAAGGACAAACGGUCGGCCUCAAUCGCCGGCUACAUCACGAUCGAUGGCGGAGAUACGGCUGGCAACCCGAUGCUGGAUCCGCUCGGUAUCUCCCGGGCCGGGCCACACGCGACGGCAUUCCCGGUCACCGCUAGCCAUCGGCGCAACAAUCGCCGUGGAUCGAUGCUGGAGCUAAGCGGCGAGGCAAUCCCAGAAGAAAACUACACCAAAUCUCUGCCCGAGCGCGACAAGUACGGAACCCGCCGAGGACCAGCUCUAAUCAAAGCGUCAUCCACCAACACACCGAAGUCGGCUGGUCGGCGUACGGGUGGUCCAGUGAACCCGCAAACUACGGCCCUGCUGUCGGCCAGCUCGACCGAUUCGGACGAGGACGACGAUGAGGCGGACGGGCACCGGCAUCAGCAGGACAGCCGUCACCGGUCCGAUGAUGCGACGCGUCGAUUAAACGGCGAUGGAAACAACGACGACGAGGACGACGAGGAUGAUGAAGACGAGGACGAGGACUGUGCGGACGAGCAGCAUCCCAUUUGA